CACAAGCAACCAUGACGUGGUGCUUUCUUUUGUUGAGUUGCUUGCUUGCUGUACAGGCACUGCCCAUUGAGGACGCUGCGCGUAUUAAUGGCCAAAAUGGCUGGUAUGUGCCGCAGCUGGAGGGUGGCCUCAAGUGGCUAAGUCUGGACGAAGCCGCAGCGCAAUUGACAGCAUACGAAACUUUAAACGACCUCGAACUUGACGCUAGAAUAUCCUUGAAUGCGGUUACCUUUUACUUGUACACCAAGAGCAAUCCAACUAUCGGACAAGUCAUCAAGCCCACCAAGGAGUCAAUAGACCUCUCCAAUUUCAAUGCAGCGCAUCCCACUAGAUUUACCAUACACGGCUGGAACUCCAAUUACAAGGAUGGUGUCAAUACGGGUGUGCGCGAUGCUUGGUUUUUGCAAGGCGACUACAAUAUGAUUGCUGUGGACUGGGCGCGUGGUCGUUCGCUGGAGUAUGCCUCCUCUGUGGCUGGCGUGCCAGCAACUGGCAAGAAAAUCGCUACGCUGAUUGAUUUUCUAGUCAAUGGAUAUAGCAUGUCGCUGAAGACGCUGGAAAUUGUGGGCUUCAGUUUGGGCGCACAUGUCGCCGGACACAGCGCCAAACAAGUGAGCAGCGGAGUGGUGCAAAAAGUCGUUGGACUGGAUCCAGCUAUGCCACUGAUAAGCUAUGAGAAGCCAGCCAAGCGCUUGUCCAGUAACGAUGCGCACUAUGUGGAGUCCAUACAAACCAAUGGCGGCACAUUGGGCUACACCAAGCCCAUUGGCAGAGCUGCCUUCUAUCCAAAUGGCGGCAAGACGCAGCCUGGCUGCACCAUGGACGUAACUGGCAGCUGCUCGCAUACGCGCGCCGUAUCCUACUACGUGGAGUCGCUGAGAAUGGACGACUUUCCAUCGAUGAAGUGCAAGAGCCAUGAGCAGGCGCAUAACAAGGACUGCGGCAAUACCUACAGCUCGGUGCGCAUGGGCUCACCAUUAAACGAGAAUAUGGCAGUGGGCGAGUUUUAUGUGCCAGUUAAUAAUGCAUAUCCCUAUGGCCUAGGCGAACCAAUUGAGACAACUACACCUGUGUCGACAACAACUCAAAGAAAGCCCACGCCCAUGUUAACAACCAGCACAGCGCGCCCAAGUGAGACAACUACAUAUCCAAACACUUCAAGCAGUUCAGUCAUGCCAACUGCGCCUAGCACGACGCCCGCUCCUGCCGAAGACACUGGCAAAGGUCCCACAAACAUUUAUAUUCUAAAUGUUAUACUUGUCAAUGCCCAAAUCAACAAGAGCACUGCCUCCUAAACGCCUGCGAGUUGAACUAAUAAAGUCGGCAAGCGGCACUCAAGCAUACUUAGUCGCUACUUUGAUGUAUCUAGCAUAGUGGGGCUUAAUUUAAUGCGACUAAGUUUGCUUUGCUUUUAAUUAAGAGUUACGCUCAAUGUAAUCGAAA